AUGAUAUACGCUGGUUCAGCUGCGUGCCUUGUCGGUCAAGUAAGAUCAAAUGUUCUGGAACUCGGCCAUGUCAUAGCUGUCAGAGACGAUCCGUCCGUUGCGACGCUCUCGACGCAAGAAAUCGGAGAGCGCCAGCAGCCGCAAAGACAAAACGAAAAGCAGCAGCAGCAGCAGAUAGAAUCUCCAGUAAUUGGUUGGUCGCAGUCUCGAUCACUGACUGUAGACUGUGUCUCGUUGACCCAUGGGCGAUCCCCAGCAUCAACAAUUAACCCGGGCAAUAAGCGACAGUAUGCAAGCGACUCCGCAUUUGGCGCCUCGUCAAGCGUUGUUGCUAGUCGCGAUGACUACGAACAGCUUUCAGGUGAUGAUGCCAACGCGGAGCGGAGGCCUGACGGAGCCGCUGCUUUCGCCGCUCCUGAAUCCGAAAAUGAUCCCCCCAAUCGAGCACAAGGCAUAGUAGAUUCAACACCGACCCCUACGCGGACUUACGCGAGUGGCCGAUCUAACCACACUGCUUUGUCGAGCAUGUUUUCGACACCUUCUAUGGUCAUUCACAACCCGAAGAACUUUGAUAAAAGACUGUGGAUAUGGUUGGCUCCCUGGUCAGCAUGGUCGUCGACAAUCCGACUCAUGGCGAUGCUACGAAAGAAGGUGUAUCCAGACAACCCCUCAGUUCCUGCCAACUUGGUGAAUUCGAACGUCUACGACUGGUCCUGGAAAACGAGUACCAAUACUGAACUUCCCAUGAGCUCCGACUUACCCUCCGCAGCGCAUGCGAUAUAUCUCUUCAGUGCUGUAAAGUUCCAUCUUGAUCAAACUUAUCGACUAUUUGACCAUGACGCAUUUGAGAGUCAAAUUCACAGAUUCUAUUUAAGCCCUCUUCAGACUGCGACAGAAAAUCGCAUGUGGUUCACCAAGUUCCUCUUGAUUCUAGCUUUCGGAACUGCAUUUCACGCCACACCAAGUGAAGAAAGCACCGAACCCCCAGGUGCCAAGUUCUUUACACGUGCUAUGACGCUUAUUCCAGAUGCGAGCUCGUUGUGGAAAGACAGUUUCAUAGCAAUCGAAGUGCUAGCCUUGUCUGCACUGUAUCUCUACUCAGUCGAUGAACGCGAAGCAGCCUAUAUCCAGCUUGGUCAUGCAAUUCGUAUUGCACAAAUGGAGGGGAUGCAUACGCAACUUCCAGAGGCAGAUCUUGGCUCUGAUACCGUACUCUACUGUCGUGAUCUGUGGUGGACGCUCUACAUUAUGGAGAGACAUUUCUCAUCCUCAGUUGGGCUUCCGAUGUCAAUACAAGAUACCGAUAUCACCACGCCCGUUAGCUUGCCUAAUUCCGGCUCCCAAGUCGAAACUUGUCGCAGUCUACAGGUAAAUCUAUCAAAUCUGAUGUCUGUUAUUUUGAAGACUGUCUACAAAUCCGAGACCGUACCUCUCGGAACCUUCAUCGAGCAGACCAGGUCAAUAUUACACACCUUAGCAAACCACGCCAGUGAACUUAAGAGAAUCAUCAGUCUUAGUUUUCAUUCAUCCGUGGGGGCUGUAUCUCGUAGGACACGUUAUGUGUUCUUGCUCUAUCACCAGUGCGUCAUUGUCGCCACUCGCCCUCUACUGUUGUCGGUCUUGAAAGAAAGACUAGAUACACUAGGAUAUAUGUCAAGCAGCAAGGACUUGUUAGUGCGAACUUGGCCUGUCAUUUCCGUCGGUCUCAAGUCUGCUGUGAAGACGGUUGAAAUUUUGACGAGUGAAUAUAGCCUUCUAGAGGCUUUCCUACCCUACGACACCGAAUUCGCUUUCGCCGCCGCCGUUUAUCUUACUAUUGCCAAAUGUAUGUUUCCGGAUGUCAUCAACUGCCAGAGAUAUAUGCAAUCGUCCCAACAGAUCUUGGACGACUUGACUUCACGAGGUAAUCGUAUUGCACGUGCACGACGAGCGGAAGUGGAUCAUCUUGAGCGUCUGUGUCAAGCAACUGCCGUUCAAGUGGGACAGGACGGGUUUCAUGCGUUGCAGCUGCAUGAUUCGGAUCCAGCCGGAACAACCGAUAUAAACUUCGCUCGGUCCCUCUCUAUUAGUCCCAGUCCCAGUCCCAGUCGUCAUCCCUUUGUCGUUGAGAAUAUGAAUGAGAGUGCUAGCUUUGGUCCCGUUUCAAGUACUGGAGAUGCCAUGGACUUUCUGAACGAUAUUGGUAUCUCGUCAGAUGAGUUUCAUAAUAUUGUACAACAGAUAGGAGACCCAGAGGCAUUUCCCGAAGCCAUAAGCACAUUAACUUAG